UUCCCGACUGAAGUGCACUGAUGGAGCGCGAGCGGCUUUAUUACAGAACACCGGGCGCGCGCACUCACUUUAAUUUCAAAGGGCGAAGGUGACGUCACCGCAGGUCCAACGAAGUCUAUAGAAAAGGAGAGUGCAACAUUUCCCAGCCUUCAUUCUUCCGCGAGAGGUCAAUUGUGGAUUAGGAUGGUCAUCAGAGUGUACAUCGCCUCCUCGUCCGGGUCUGUCGCGCUGAAGAAACAUCAGCAGGCCAUCGUGGGCUUUCUGGAGGCCAACCAGAUCAGUUUUGAGGAGGUUGACAUCACCAUGCUGGAGGAUCAGAGGCUCUGGAUGUAUCGGAACAUUCCUGAAGAGAAACGACCUGAAAAAGGCAAUCCUCUUCCCCCUCAGAUCUUCAAUGGAGACGACUACUGCGGCGAUUAUGAAGAUUUCUUCCAGUCUAAAGAGAUGAACACAGUGUUCUCGUUCCUCCGUCUGUCCCCUGUAAAGGACUCUGAAUCAUAGAUCGUGCUGUUAACAUUGAUGUAACUCUCGUCCCCUGCUCUGAAGCCCUCACUGCCAGCAAUGCUUUUUGCCAAACACACGCUGCCCUCCGGCCCAGCUUUUCCUAAGAAACAUCUUCUCAUUCAAACACACACACAGACUGGGUGAUUACAUAUGUUUGCUAUGGCUAAUUAUUUAUUUAUGUGCGUUGCUGUUUUGUUUCAUUUGUUGUACACGUGUUGCAUGAAAAGCCUAUUCUGCUUUUUUAAACAUGAUACAGGGAUAGAAAGUGAACUUAUACCUGUGUGUGUGUUUUGUGUGCAUAAGACUUACAUUGUUAAUCUAAACAAAGAAAAUAAUAAGUAUGCAAGUCUCUUGUAAGUCAUUCUUUGUUAAGGAGCUCAGACAGACAGCCCAAAG